AUGCCGGCCGCCGCCCUCAACGCGGCUGGGAGUGUCCACUCUCCAUCCACCAGCAUGGCCAUGUCCUCCCAGUACCGCCAGCUGCUGAGUGACUACGGGCCACCGUCCCUCGGGUACACCCAGGGCACUGGGAACAGCCAGGUGCCACAGAGCAAGUACGCCGAGCUACUGGCCAUCAUUGAGGAGCUGGGCAAGGAGGUCAGGCCCACCUACGCGGACAGCAAGAGCGCCAUGGAGCGGCUGAAGCGAGGCAUCAUUCACGCCCGAGGUCUGGUCCGGAAGUGCUUGGCGGAGACAGAGAGAAAUCAUUUUACACCAAACCCACAGGGUUCCCCCAACUCCACCAAGUCUAGUAAGACCUCCAACCCUGAAGACAUGAAGGGCUUAAUAAACUUCCAUGUUCCACUUUCCCUACACAAGCCUCCGCCAGCCACAGUAAGCAAGCAGCUUCUGGACAAACACAACCGCAUCAGGCGCCUGGUCCCCUGCUCGUCUAGGCGCAAGAUCGUCAAGCCUCUUCAGCCAAGUCCUGGGCCCGGCAAGCUGCGCGCGCCCCUGGCUGCUGGGAUCCGAGUGCCUGGCCUGCCACCGUGUGGACAACACGAGUAA